AUGAAGCUUUCCUUCUCGCGGCGCGCCGGCGCAAACCUAUUCAACUCCAUAGCAGAAUCGAGCUGUAAAUCUGUGCCACGACGCCCAUUUGCGCCGUACCAAACACGCCCCUUGACCUCGACGACGAAAUGGCGAGAAUCAUCUGCCCCUUCAGCCCAAGCGACCGCGAAUGCCCAACAAGUACAGAACGAACUGUCGCCUUCAGACGAGUCCGAGCCAGUGCGCUCUCUUACCGAAGGCCUGGAGGACCCUCCACCUCUACUGAGCGAGGAUGAGCGACAAGUCGAUUGGACACGUUCUUUCCAUGGUCUUUCCUCUUCACCCUUCACGAAAGAGCAGUCGGAGAUAUUACAGAAGCGAUUAGACUUCGAUGAUAUCGAAAUCAAACCCGAUGGGAUUGUUUAUCUACCGGAGAUCAAGUAUAGAAGGAUACUGAACCAUGCGUUUGGACCGGGAGGAUGGGGCUUAGCACCGCGAGGAGAGACCAUUGUCACGCAAAAAGUCGUGACCCGAGAAUAUGGACUCGUUUGCGGCGGACGGUGAGAUAAAAGACACUAUCUAUCAGAUCCACAGCCUCCUAACAUACUUCCUUCUAGUCUCGUCUCAAUAGCCCGCGGCGAACAACACUACUUCGACCCCGACGGAAUCCCCACCGCAACCGAAGGCUGCAAGUCUAAUGCUUUGAUGCGCUGCUGUAAAGACCUCGGCAUCGCUUCUGAACUCUGGGAUCCGCGCUUUAUCAAGAAAUUCAUGGCGGAGAUGGGCAAGGAAGUGAUGGUGGAGCAUAUGGCUACGAAGAAGAGGAGGAAGCAUUACAUGCGUAAGGACGAUGAACUGAAGUACCCUUGGAAAGAUGUGUCGACGGCUACGACGAAUACUGGGGACGCGGCGAGGAGUCCGGGCACUGGGAGUGUAGCGAAGCAGGCGGGUGAUGCUGCAAAGAAGACGUUUGCCACGGCUAGGAGUGCGGCGCCUACUAGCACUGCUAGCACUUCAUCUUCGAGACCGACUUCGACACCGAGUACAGCGGCAAAGAAGUGA